CUUUGAACGAUUUAUUGAUUGUCAAUUGUCAAUACAUGAAUUCAAUGUUAUAGUGAUCAGAAUUUCAUUAGGAGAUUGUACGAUUCAUAACACAGCUAUUGUGAAAUGGUGCGACAAAAAUGUUUGCAAAUUAUAAAUUGAUUCUAAUCCUUUUGGUGUUUAUAUUGAAGAUUAAUACAUCUAAAACGAAUCGAUUUAAAAUUGUUAUCAUUAGUGAUGAUUUACAAAAUAAUCGAACUCUUUCAAGUAUUGAAGGAUUAAAAUCAGCAAAUGGAAAUUUUGAUACAGAAAUCAUUGAAUUAUCAUCGGGUAUGAAUGAUGGUCAAUUAUGUGAAAAAUUGUUCGCCACAUCGAUACAAUCACAAUCUGUGUACUAUUAUCGAUUACCGAUAUUUGGUCUUGAUUUAAGUGAAUCGAUUACCGGUAAGAUUAUGGCACGAAAAAUGGGUAUACCAAGUUUACGAGCCGGUACCUGGGCACAAGCACAACAGGAUAAUUUAGCAUGGAAAAAUUUGAAUGAAAUUGAAGAAAAUCUAUAUGUUUCGGUGCUCACACCAGAAGCAACCAUAUUACAGCUAAUCAAAGAUUUAUCUGAACAAUUUCAACUUAAACAUAUUGUCAUCAUUUAUGAUCAAACAUUCAAGAAAGCCAUUGGUGGUCAUGUAUUUAAAAAUCUAAAACAUAAAGAAAUCUAUUGGUCAUCAAUGAUUAAUAAUAAAACGAUUGAAAAAACAUUGGAUGAUUUAAAAUAUAACUAUCAAUAUGGGGAAACAUUUUUCAUUUUAGGUUCCAUUUCAAUGUUAAACCGACUUGUACAAAUGGCUCAUCAUCGAUCAAUGUUACGUGGACAACGAAAAUGGUAUUUCAUUUCCAAGGAAAAAGGCCGAUUUCAAUGUGAUAAUUGUAAUGAUGUAAAGGUGUUCCUUUCACAACCAAUAAAAUCACAUCUACAUCAUUAUGAAUAUGAUACACCGGAAAAUCUAACAUCGGAUAUUCAUCAUAUUGUAGAUAAUUAUUUCUAUUAUGAUCUUUCACGUUUCUAUGCGGAAACAAUUGAUCAUAUGUUACAGAGUACAAGGCAGUUAUUAUCGAAUGAAAUUACCUAUCCAUCAUGUGGUAAACAUCUGAAUGAACCACAAUUGAAUGAACGACGAAAUUUGAAUCUUUAUGAAACAUUAGCUACACGAUUUAUGUAUGGCCUAUUUGGACAAUUCAUAUUCGAUCAUAAUGCUAAACUUAAUUAUCAAGAAUUAAGUAUGCGAAUCAAUGAAAUUGAAUUUCAAAUGGGUAAAGUGAAACAGGUGAAAAAAGUUGCCGAAUGGGAAUUCGAAGGACAAUUUGGUCGAUUAUAUUUUACAUCACCACAAGAACGAAAAGAACAGGAUGGAUUACCUCAUUAUGAGAUUAUUACAAUAGUGGAAGCACCAUUUGUAAUGAUAAAAGAUGAUAAUCAAACAACAGGAAAUGAUAGAUUCUAUGGCUAUUGUAUUGAUUUAUUGAAAGAAAUUGUCAAUAGUAGUGAUUUCAAAUUUGAUUAUACAUUACGUGUGGUUGAUGAUGCAAUGUAUGGCCAUAAAAAUGAAAACGGUGAAUGGACCGGUUUGAUUGGUGAAUUACAUCGAAAAAAAGCCGAUAUAGCAUUGGCACCGAUUUCUGUAAUGGCUGAACGAGAAAUUGUUGUCGAUUUUACCGUACCAUAUUAUGAUUUAGUUGGUAUAACUAUACUCAUGAAGAAAACUACAACGAAAUCACAUUUAUUUAAAUUUUUAACCGUACUCGAAACCAAAGUUUGGUUAUGCAUCUUGGCCGCAUAUUUUUUUACAAGUUUUUUAAUGUAUCUUUUCGACAGACUUAGCCCAUACAGUUUUCAUAAUAAUCGAGAAAAAUACAAAAAUGAUGAAGAACAACGAGAAUUUACGCUGAAAGAAUGUCUUUGGUUUUGUAUGACAUCAUUGACACCACAAGGUGGUGGUGAGGCACCAAGAAAUCUAUCCGGUCGAUUAGUUGCUGCCACUUGGUGGCUAUUUGGAUUUAUCAUUAUAGCUUCAUAUACAGCUAAUUUGGCUGCCUUUUUGACCGUAUCUCGAUUGGAUUCACCCAUUGAAAAUCUUGAUGAUUUAGCUAGACAAUAUAAAAUUAAAUAUGCACCACAAUCAGGCACAGCCACAUCAACUUAUUUCGAACGAAUGGCCGGAAUCGAGGAAAAAUUUUAUGAAAUAUGGAAAGAUAUGUCAUUAAAUGAUAGCCUUAGCGAUGAUGAACGUGCAAAAUUGGCCGUAUGGGAUUAUCCGGUAAGCGAUAAAUAUACGAAAAUUUGGUCACAGAUAAUUGAGGCUGGAAUGCCAGCAACAUUUGCCGAAGCAAUUGAACGUGUGAAAAAAAGUGAUACAGCCGGUGAAUCAUUUGCUUUCAUAGCUGAAUCAACAUUGGUAAAAUAUGCUGUCAUGACCAAUUGUGAGCUACAAAGUGUUGGUAAUGAAUUUAGCCGUAAACCAAUUGCAUUGGCUGUUCAACAGAAUUCAGAUUUAAAAGAUAAGCUAAGUAGCGCCAUAUUAAAAUUAUUGAAUCAAAGACGAUUGGAAAACCUAAAAGAAAGUUGGUGGAAUAAUAAUGAUGCAGUGAAAAAAGAAUGUCAAGAUUCACGAAGACAAAGCGAUGGUAUCAGUAUCAAAAAUAUUGGCGGCGUAUUCAUUGUCAUAUUUAUCGGUGUUAUAUUGGCUUGCAUUACAUUAGUCAUUGAAUAUUGGUAUUUUAAGAAAAAAGAAUCCAAAGUUAUCACGAUAAAUGAAGGUAAAAAAUCGAAACAUUUCGGUAAUAGUGCCGUACCGGAUCUAAGCGCCGAUUUCAAUAUCAAUCAAGAACGUAUGAUGAGACAAUUGCGUUCGACACGUAAUUUCAACAAUUUUGUUCAUCAUCAUUAUUAAAGCAAUCAAUUAAUAUAUAUCAAAAAUGUACUUUAAAAUUUGAAAUUCAAUUUAUUCAAUAAUAAUUCACAUAAAUUGCUGUUUUUAGGUCUAGAUUAGAUUAGAUUAUCAUACAUAAUAAUGAUAAUGAUAUAUAUGAAUUUGAAAUGUUA